UUGUGACUCUGUCGCCAUGUUGUCGUUUGUGUUGCUGCUGCUGCUCAUCAGCGGAGCUCAAGCUUCUUACUAUGGCGUCGUCUAUAGCUACACCGUUGGAGACCCUCAGUCAGAUUUUUACCCGCUAACCAACAACUUCAAGGUGAGCUUCAGCUCUUGUGAAGAGUUCAACUUGUGGUUGUGUGAUAGAAACUGUAGCGGGUUCCAGAUUUAUCCAGGUGAUGAAAAAGGAGGUGAAUGGUGUCAGACGGCCUACAUUCAGGAUCUUCCAGCCACUUUCCUGUCUACAUUAGAUUUUCCGUUUUCUGCUACAAACUGGACAGAAAACAGAAAUGGGAUUGAACUAUCGAAAGCUAUGUUGGUCAUUGAAAUUAGAAACCGUUCUGACAUCAACAAACCAAACUCAUCACCCCAAACCGCCAUCAUCCCUCUGCUGAGAGUUCCUUCAAACUGUCAGAGAAACAUCAACCUGUUGGUCUCUGACCCGGACGGAGACGACAUUAGAUGCAGAUAUGCAGCUGGUUCAGAGUGUAGCGUCUGCACGCCUCCGUCUGUCCUCAAUGUCUCAUCAUCUUGUUCUCUGUCAUUCAGUCCCACUAACAGCAGUGCUGAAGGUCCGUAUGCGGUUCAGAUGGUGGUGGAGGACUUUACCGGGCAGAACAUCACUCUCACUAAUGGCAACAAUACACAGGAGGUGAAACCUCAGAAUGACGCCAUCAGCAAGAUCCCUGUCCAGUUUGUUUUCAAAGUGGAUCCUGCAGCUCCGUCCUGCACAGAAGGUGAAUAUCUGCCCAGGUUUCUGCCUCCAACUCCACAACAUGGAGCUCAGUUCUUCAUAGACGUUGACCAGGCUGUGGAAAUCAGUGUCAGAGCAGAAGCGACCCAGGCUGAGACCACUGAGCUGCUGUUCAGCGGGCCGUUCGGAUUGAACAAGAGUUCAUCAGGAUCAGGAAACUUCACCCUGACAUGGACGCCAUCGGCCAGUGAUGCAGGACAGCAACAAACUCUCUGCUUUGUGGUCCAAGCAAAUUCCUCCGGCUCUGUGUACCAGUCUGACCUUCGAUGUGUCUUUGUGACGACUGGGAACAGUCCAGCAACUGCUUCCCCUCUGACCACGAUGGCACCCCUACCAACUGCGUUUACGUUCAUGACAAUCCAACCUCUAUUCACAACUCCACCUCCACCAACUACAGCUUUGACUCCACCUCCACCAACUACAGCUAUGACUCCACCUCCAACAACUACAGCUAUGACUCCACCUCCAACAACUACAGCUACACCAACUACAGCUACAGCAACUACACCUCCACCAAAUACGUCUACACUUUCACCAACUACGACUGCACCUCCACCGAUUAUAUCUCCACCAACUACGAUUGUGUUCCCACCAACUACCAACCAACCCACCACAACAUUUGCACCAGGGCCAUAUUUUGUUUUGGCUCUAAAUAUGAAGCUUUCCACUUCACUGUCCCUGGAGAAUGACUCUGCAGUGAUCAUUAACCUGAUCAAAGAUGAGCUGAGAAGACAAGGGCUGCCAAGGGAUAUAAUCGUAAAGCUUUUAAGUGGAGGUGUAGUGAAGGCAAUAGCCUGAAUCUGAGCCUCGAUGGGACAUGUGCUUAGAAAUAUCAUGUUUUCUUCAGGUUUUUGUCAGAUUCUGGGGGUUAUACUUAUUUUACUGAACCAUAAUCAAAAGUUAUUAUCCAGAAUCCUCUAAUGCAUAAUAUUUUCAGUUGUUUACCAAUUACAUAAUUACACAGUAACCCUGUUUUUUGGCCUGGUAAUAGAAUAAAGCCUUUGAAAAGGCAGCUUUUGGAUGAAAUUCAGUUUCCAGAAGACCUUGGUACCAUAACCACAGAUCCUUCAUUUAGGAUCCCAGACUCACUUCUAGAUGUUAAAAUCAAAGUUUUCUGUAUUUCUUGCUUUUUACUCUGGGACAGUUCUUGAUGAUAUUUUGCUGAUGGCUUUAACUUUCUGUUUUUGUGCAGAAUAAACAUCUGUUUAAAGUAUUUCAUGCAGAUGCAGUCUGUCAUGGUUAAAAAAAGACACAAAAAAUGUGCAAAGCUGGAGAAUUGAACAGUGAAAAUUUGUUUCUGAACAAAACUUGACAUGAGAGCAACGCUGCAGAUGAAAGUAAAUGUUUUCUUGUUCUAUUAUGAAAUGCUGAUGAGUGCAGUUCAACAUGACAGUAAAAGAUUAGAAGCCUUGAACAAUUAUUUUAUAUAUUCCCUCUUGCAUUGCUGUGUUUUUGUGCAAGAGAAUAACAGUGAAAAUGGGAGUUUCUUUGGUCUGUUUGCUUUCUCUUUGUUUAUACAAUAAAGUUUGUGACCAAAACAUGA